AUGGACGGAGGACAGCCCAUCCCUUCGCCCUUAGUGCCCCUUGGGAAUGCGUCGUCAGAUUCUAGCAUGUCUCUGGAGCAGAAAACCACGUUUGUUUUUGUGAUUUUGUUAUUUAUUUUUUUGGGCAUCCUCAUUGUCAGAUGCUUCCGUAUUCUUCUGGACCCGUAUCGAAGCAUGCCAACCUCGACCUGGGCUGAUGGACUUGAAGGCCUGGAGAAGGGGCAGUUUGACCAUGCUCUUGCUUAG